AUGACAGCAGCGGAGGGUUUGUAUUCAACGCUGGUCACUAACUGCAUCUUUAACGUUUUCUUGUUUUACACCGCUAUCGUGUUAAACAUCAUAACAAUACAAGCGCUGAGGAAAACGUCGUCGUUGCCAAGGACUUUGAAAACAUUGCUCUUGAGUUUGGCUGCUUCUGAUCUCGGUGUUGGUUUACUUGCCCACCCUGUUUUUGUUGCACAGCUCAUUAUUCAAAUACAACAAAACACUAGUGAUAAUGCUUAUGGUACAGUAUUUAACAUUUUCUCGGCCCUUCAGAAGAAUAUACUUGCUUGUGUAUCGUUUUUUAGUGUUGUCGCUAUAACUGUUGAUAGAUUCUUAGCCAUUCAUCUUCAUCUCAGAUACCAGGAACUUGUAACCCACAAGCGUGUUAUUGCUGUAGUGAUAUCUAUUUGGGUUAUCAGCGCAUUUCUUUCUUUAGUUUUCCCUGCAGCUCGUUUGGAAUGGAUUCCAAAAAACGUUCCUGGGAUUAUGUUUGCAGCCAGAGACGCUGUUUGUUUCAUAACUACAGGAUUUCUCCACUAUAAGAUAUACGCAUCUGUACGACACCACACAGGCCACAUCCAAGCUCUGCAAGUACAAGACGAAGUACAGAAUAGCGAAACGAAAAAUGCUGUGAGGCUGAGAAAAACUGCACUUGCUACAUUUUACAUCUAUUUCCUGUUUUUGGCUUGUUAUGUGCCAAUCUUUUGUGUCAACCUUGCCGAUCUAUUCUGUGAUGAAACUGCCUUGAUACAGCAUUUGUGGGAUUAUGUUUUUACACUUAUGCUUUCCAAUUCAUCUCUCAAUCCUUUGAUCUACAGCUGGAAGAUGAGACACAUUCGACAUGCUGUUAUAAACAUACUUCGAAGCGUACUCCCGUGUCGCCACUAAAACAAUUAAGGGCCUGUUACAUGGAGGUGGGGGACCCUAGGUAGGUGUCGUAACCCGCUCAGAUGGAGUGAAAAUAUAAACUGCGUUUAGACGCAAUGUUGCCACCCCGUCAUCCUAGGCUGCAUUUUCUCAAUAUUAUUAGAUGGUCAAUAUGCAUGUAAACCAAACAAAAUGGCGAGAAAACGACUUGUGUUGGCGGUUAAUUCUCUUCUACUCUGGCACUUGCUGCAUCCCUUUAGUGUUGUGGCUUUCUAUUGUCACUUUUAAUGAUGCAAAGCCUCGGCUAAAGGUAGUUAGUUGUUCAGUCAACGAAUUUGUUGUAAACACGAAUCCGAAAUAGGCUAGGCGGGUUACCCCACCUUGAACACUUACGUGCAAAAUAUGACCCCCGCUGAGAGGGUUACACAGACUUGCAGACCGGCGGUUGGAAACAAUUUCCGAUUAUACAAAAAUAACGCAGAUCUUCAAAACAACUUGACGUUACCAUGGUAGCAAGUCCGCUUACGAAAAUAAUGAUGACGUGUAUUAAGGUGUUUCGAUAGAGUUUUUCGGAGACCAUACCGAUAUUUUUCAGUCGCCUUAAAGGGGAUUUUAUCCAUGUCCGAUCGCUAUAAAAUUUUGCCAGUGAUUGACUAUGGAUUGAAGUUUGUCAAAACGUAGUUUUAACUAAAAUCGAUAUUACUAUGACAACAAUAAACAAAAAAAUUGGAAAUUGAUAAAAGCCGAAUUUUGCGCAAUCUAUACCUGCUACUAAAAAUCCAACACUAGCAACUUAAAGUUUGGUGUUUAGCAAAUAACCUCCGUGAGAAGUAAAAAAUUCUGUAUGUUUGAAUUCAAAUAAAACGUAAAUAUAUUUCAAACCUCGUAUUUCAAUAGCCGUGAUAAAUUAGAGGUCGACCAGUCAUUUUAAUGGCGAAUAAGAAUACAACGAAACCCGCAUAAAGAACCCGUGAUCUUCUGUGAAAGGCUGAUUCAGAAAUGGUUCUUAGAUGUUGGAUUCAGUAGUGAUGAACCAAGGUGCGAAGUUGAGCACAGGUUCUUAGUUAAAGAUGAGAAUAAUUGUCCACAAAAUAAGUGGUAUCUACUUCUCAGUAACAUUAUAUUCACUCUCAGUAUUGUUAAUUUUUAAAAGCCCUUAAGACACCCACAUCUGUACAAGUGUAUAAGGGCCUUAUACUACGCAGUUACUUUAAUACAGCUGAGCGUUUCACUCUAUCUAAUCGCGUUUUUACGACUGCCAUAGAAACAUCGGCCAAGAUGCGACGGAGAGUAAUCUGUUAGGUUUAUACACAGAAUAGGCACAUGAGAAUAGGGUGUAUGGGACUGAAACGCAAUCUGAUCUUUUAGAGCCAUGUAAUUUAGGGACAUUUCAAAACGUAGUCUGGGACAUCUUAAGACAACAUGGUUACUUGGUCAAUCCAUUAAUUGGAAAAAGGAUACAGCAGCAGCAGCAGCAGCAGCAAGCACAGCAACAGCAUCAGUCCCCAUACCAAAUGAGGCUGCCCAAUCCACCCAAACAUUAACCCCUCAUCUUAUACACAGCCAACUGAUAACAAUCCUCAAGCAGGCGACGCGCUCGAUACGCGCCCCCUCUCAAGAAAAAAGACAUAAUUGUAUUUUGUGCGUGCAUCUAUCACACAAGGAAAGAAACAAAUCCGUUCAACUUACACCAUCCACAAACAAACAUUAAAAAAUACUCGGCGGCAAGGAAAAAAGGCGCCGUUCUCUCCUUUCUUCAAGUAUACAUCAGGCUGCUCUUUCUUGUGAAAACUUGGUUCCCAGGUUCUGUCCUACUCGCUCCAUAGGGACGGGUAGGAGAGAACCCUGGGAUCGAGGUUGUUUCUUGUGACUUCUCAAAGGGAUAAGGACAAUCCAUCAGUUUUGCUACCGUGAUUUAUAAAAUAGUUUUAAAGAAGAUGUGCAUACAGCUUGUAAAUUUUGCUUUAAAUUCUUUGGAUCGUCCAUUUGUAGUGAUAAAGGGGGUGUCAAAAUACACCUUGUUUAAAAAGGCGGAUAAUGUAUGUUAGCUAUGCAGUCAAAAAAGUAAAUAAGUAACUUUGUGUAUUUUUAUUUUCUAUUUACGUUGAUUGUACUAUUACCAUAUUUAAGGUCCCUGUAUCACCUCUCAUCUCAUAACGGUGGGUCGGGCUUGAAAAAGCUUCAGUUAACCCUUGUCAAAACCCCUAACAUAGGUGAUCAUUUAAUUUCUCCUCUUGGUAACUGUGCUAAAUCAAAAAUAACGGUUGUGAGAAAACAGGAAAUGCAAGUAAAACAUUUCUUGAUUGUUAUACAAAUUCUCCUCACCAGUACCGAAGAUAACAUAUACUGAACAGUGUGGAGAAUGACGCUGGCAAUAUUUGGGUUAAGUGCUGCGGGUGUGGGUGGGGGCCCAUUUGUGUCAGUAUUACUUUCCUUCACACUAACCACAUAAAGCGUAAGAAAUUUCUGACAUAUAUUUUCACUGGUACAAAUAGUUUUUCUCCUUCUCGUUGAGCUCUUGACGUACACAGAGGAUAAAUGUUGAUUGCGCAGCUUUACUUUCCAGCAAUAGAUACGUCUCUUUGACCCUCUCUCAGCUCCAAGAAGAAAAUAAAUAUUUCUUCGCUUUUGUUCUAUGGUUUACCCUUGGAAUGCUAUCAGCCCUAGUAUUAACAGUUAUAAGUUUAUAGAACAAUUUUGUAAGUUAUUGUAAAAAUAUGUUACGUAGCUAACUUUGUAACGCCUUACAUUUAUAUUCGUAUUGGGUGAAGUCGGUUACAUGACUGAAUUAAAGAAUUUGUCUUCUGUAAAUGCUUUUUUCUUUUUCUUUUCUAGUCGUCUCCUACUUAUCCUAUUUACCUUUCUUUCAAUAUCCUCGAUCCUUUGCUGCGGCCGGGAGCAGGCAGUUUUCUACAGAUCACAGUACUCUUGUACUGUAACGGAAUAUGUUAAACAUCAACGUCCUAACAACUCACGUGCGUGAAAGUUAAAACUGCUUAGUUUUGUAAGAAUCUUCUGUCUCCUUUGUAAAUGGCUUUACCAUUUGUAUGAACGCUGAUUUUUGUCUCUUUAUUAAAAGAACGUUCAAACCUUUUUUUCUGAAGAUGAGUAUUUUAAGGCAACGUAAAUCCCUCAUUAAACGUCCUUCCCCGUCGUUAAUCACCGUCUUGGACGACACACUACCCCCUUGUCCCAGCCCGCCCUCUGGCUCGUUUGGUUACGCGAACAUCGCAUUAAUUGUUCCCGCCUCCGGCCGCGUCACGUGACUUCAAAUUUCGCGCCAGUAGUGUGGCCGUUUUACAAAGGGAACAAAAUUUUACGGAAACAGCAACAUGGAAACGUGAGUAUUUUGUACACUAUUUUCUUUACUUGUACCUAAAAUUUCGAGCCAAGCACUAGGUUGCCUGCUUGCAGACGUCUCCUAUUCCCUUUGUUGCACGCAGCACUAACGGACCAUUGAAGUAUUUAUAGCCUUUAACAGUUCUAUGGUUAUCAGAGUCGAACUGUUUUUAAAAAGAAGGCGAAGAGAUUCAAGAGGGCUAUUGUAGGUCUCGGUAUUCGCUAAGUUUCGCAAGAUUUUCGUUAUAUAUUGAACCAAGUAUUGAAAGUAUUAUGCUGACCAUUGAAGAAUUUACUUGUCAAGCUUUAAACCAUGAGUUAUUUGAUGAACAGUUUGCAGGGGUUUCUAUAUACAUGUCAAUGUCCGCGAGAAAGAGCAAAACAAGGAGGCCCCAUUAGGGGGGGGGGGGGUCUUAAUAUCCCGUAUCCCUGUAAUUUUUUGACCAAAUAUCCCGUAUCCCAUAAAUUCCGGUCACAAAUAUCCCGGAAAUUAAAGUAUCGGCCAUUUUUCAUAUGUUACUUGCUACGAUAUAUUUUAUAAUAUUCGUUCACUGGCAUUAAAACGUAAACUGGAAAAGUAUAGUUUUCAAGGAGCUUAUUGUGACAGUUGUUUAAACUGCUGUCAUUCAAAAUAUGGUGGAUAUCAAGUGGAAAGUUAACAAAUGUUGCCACCAAAAUCACCUUUGUAUACCAGUUGAUAUAAUUAGCUUACCUAAUGCCCUUAAUUUCUACAUAUCGCCUGCUACCAAAGUCCUUUUUCAUUUUGUUCCUUUAUUAGUUAGUUGCCGUCCUGAGCAUUUGGGGAGUAUUCAUAAUUUACCUAGAGGGUGGGCUAUGAUGGUUUUGAGGGGGGGAGGGAGGGUCAGAUCACUCUUUUUUCCUACUAUGAUUUAGGGGGGGCUGUGGAAAAUUUCCAACGAAAAUUACAUCGAGCAUAGCGGAGGGGGGGGGGGGCAACCAUUUUUUUCCUGAAAAAGAAAAGGAAAUGAAAAUAUGCUGUUGGGCGCUCUUAUAAUUCCUGUCUUUUAUUUCAUUUCGACAAAAUGUUGAUACAGAACUAGAGUAUGAAACUUGAUGCAUGACGCCCACUUCUUGUGCUACAAGGUCUCUUUGCGAGUGGCUCAAACUCACUCUCGUCACCCUCCUUACUCUCGCUCUCCUCACUCUCACUCUCCUUACACUCGCUCUCCUCACUCCGUGUUUCCCCCAAGACAUUGUCGUCGCCUUCGUCAUCAUCAUCAUCAUCAUCAUCUGAGACUGCUUCUGGCUCUUGUAAAAGACGUUGCCCUGUUUCAGUCAUGGUUCUCAAUGCCUCAGCCCCAGUCUCUUUCAAAUGAGUGGUAAUCAGUUCCAGUUUUUCUUUUUUCAGCUUUUUUCCCAGGGUAACGAGUGAUUCUUCCAAAUAUAAUUAAGUCAAGUUCCGAAACGUAAAGAGAAUUUAGCCCUUCAGUCAGAAGAAGCUCCUCCCAAUUGUAAUCUCCAUAGCUCUUAGAUGCUCUUGCGCGCCUCUUUUGAGCAGUUUCCUGAGUUCGUAGAUUUUUGCAAUAGGAUAAGUGUUUUAAAUGGUCUAUGUAAUUCUUAACCAGCUCCUCAGAAACCACAAAGGCUACAGAAAAUUCAGCAAUCUCUUUUGUUGCCAACUUUCCUUCUGCGAAAUAUUUUUUAAUUUGCGCCCUAUGUUAAUUACCAAUAAAGCUCAAUAUACCUGUCACAAGACUUUGAUAUGGCUGAGGGUGAGUUUGACAUGUUGUACUUAUGUGCUGGGGGAGGGGGGAGCUACGAUAUUUUCCUUUGAUAAAUCAACAUCCCUCGAGGGGGGGUCAGAAAAAAAACCCUGAGAUGAUCAGGGGGGGCUUCAAAAAAAUGAAAGGAAAAAAAUAAGGAAAUCAUCAUAGCCCACCCUCUAGAUAAAUUAUGAAUGCUCCCUUGGUUAAUUCAUGUGUUCUGUGCAUGCAGUCCAGUGCACAAAUGGUACAACUUGUGUCAAACAGCAGUUUAUCUUUGGUAUUAAUCAACCAUAGAGACAUUAGUGUCAUUAGUAAGCGUGGAUAUUUUGUUUCUCUUCAAGUUUUGUCUGAAAGGACCAUUUGGAGACUGGUUUGUCGCAGUUGAUUUUAUAAAUACACGACGUAACGUCAUGAAUGACUUUGACCUGCGCCAUUACAGAGGUCUCGCCUCGAUCAGGUGGCGCUGCCUCGAUCGAGUGUUGGUGCGCUAUUUUCAGUACUUCAAGUUACCCCCACAUAGUGCCCAUGAUGAACCGAUGACUGGUCAAACGGUUUGUUUUACACUUAUAUAUUUUUCAUUUAUAUCUAAUCGUCAACAAAAAUACAGAAAAGGACAUGUAUUUAGUAUAACGUUUCUCAGCAAACAUCUGAUAUGUUACAAUUUUUUGCGAAUAUCCUGUAUCCCUGAAACUAUAACUUCUCAAUAUCCUGUAUCCCAAUAACUUUUUCCUCAAAUAUCCCGUAUCCCGGUAAUUUUUUCCGCGAAUAUCCCGUAUCCCGAAAACCCCUAAUGGGGCCUCAACAAUGUCAACAUUUGAAACAAUAGUUUAUACAAAAAAAUCCCGUUAAGCUGCGACAAAAUUGUUACGCCAACGGUAAUAUGUAUGUAAUAAAUUUGCGGAAAUGCAAGCCGAAACUUCGUUUGAGGAGACUGGCCGUUAAAGAAUUGAAAUUAGCCUGCGCGGGUUCGCGAUAGUCACGCGCGCGUGAAUUCUCUCCCUACACGUAUAUGAUUGUCUGAAUGGUGGGGCGAAGAGACCAGGUGAUCGCUACCAGCCAAUAACAACUACCUAUUACAUCGGAAACAGCAGCUGUAGCUUUGAAAGAAAGCAUACAAUUUUUUUUAACCAGAUAAUAUAAAAUAAAACGACUAAAAGGGAAGAGCACUCUUAUCGUCAGUUAGGACUUGGUAAUUCCUCCUUUUACGCAGCUAAAUAACUUUUAGUACUCCCCAGGUACUCCCGUUAAAACCUUUGAAAACAAUGACCAAAACAAAAAAAGACUUUGGAAUUAAUGGCAGUUGUUGUUUAAAAAAGCAUGUCAUUUUUUUUUACAGAUGGUUAAUAUUUCGGUCUAAAUUGUUAAAACUCGUCAACGUGGACUGUUGAACAUAAACUCUAAAUGAAGAUCCUGGAUCAGGUGACAGUCGGAUCAGGUUCUAUACAUAUGUACCUUGUUUUGACUAAGACCUACGAGCAAAGUUUUUGUCCCUGUUUGUGCUUGUGUUAUUAUUACUAUUUUUUUAAAUUUACAUUGCUUUAUUCAGUUGUUAUUAUUAUUAUUAUUAUUGAUUUACUUAUUUAUUUUUUGUUGUUUAACGUCUUGAUUCACUGCAUUCCCGCUGCAAAGGAGAUAUUAUACUUUUUCGCAAUAAAGUUUCAUCUCUCUGUAACGAAGUUUAUUUUUUAUUGAUGACGAAUCGACGUCGUGUUGACUGAAAAAUUAAAAACUUAAAAAGUUCUCAGAGACAUGUUUUUGUUGAUCAAUUUUAUCUUUUUACCUCCCACAAAUUGGUAAAGCAAAUUAUUCAGUGUCAGAGUCAGCGACCAUUUAAAGCUGUCUAAGGUACCGUAAUAGCUUGCUGGCUUGUGCGCGGGUUGUGACGUUGCAACAUGAGUUAAGUUUUCAGUAAGAUUCAAUAUGCACAAACAAUUAGGGGAAACAUCCUUAAAAGACCAAAAGGCAUUCGUUGUAAGUAAAGAUCACACUAUAACCAAGAGUUGUAACAGGUUUUUAUUGAUCCAUUUUUGAACUUAUGCCGACUGAGGGGCCAUGAUAUAUUUAGUUCCUCAUGCUUUUCUACCGUUGAUAUUUGUGAUGCACCAAGAACCAGCUGCUGUGUUACCAUCAGCGCUAGUUGUAUUCUCAAAAAGUUAAAUAAGCAUUGAAAUAAAUUCCAAUUUCGGUGGUGUGCCGUCUAAUGAGCUUUUUGAGCUCGAAUUGACACUAAAGAACCCUUUAUAUUAAAAUUUGUGUUUGGUGUUCUCUGCGUCAUCUGCUAAACUUGGCCUAGAUGAUUAACAGUUUCGGGGGGAGUACUUAAGCCAAUUUAGGAUAAGCGCGUGUCACGAAGGUUUUUAGGCUUAUUUUGUAAAGGGAAAUAACGUCCAUAAAGGAAAAAUGACACCCUGUUUGAGGGAAAAUCGGUAAUGUAAAACGUUUACAUGGACAAUUCAUAACGCAUACAAAUUUGGAAUGAGUGUUGUUGGAUGGUUUUUGUUAAUAGUGCGUUAAAAGAUAACUUAGUUUUAGGACUUUAAGACGGCUCAGGUCCCAUGAUAUCGGGCACCCUGUCAAAGGACCACAAUACCUAAUGAAUGAUACCCUACUUAGGGCAUGGCCUACAGGGUAGCCUUAGGUAAUCUGAAUUGGAGUCCCCCCCCCGGUCAGUUCCGUUAGAAAACAAAUUUAAAUAAGGAUAAAAUGAAUAUUUUAUUGUAGACUUUAUAAGCAGUCAAUGGGCUAAGAGAUUUAACUGCGAAACGGAAAAAAUAGAGCGGAAGACUGCAAAGUGGGGCAGGUGCUCGUGUGAAACAUACUUCAAACAGGCGAAUGGAAACUUUGCAAAAAUCUUCCUUUACAUAGGAAGCACUAACACGUCAUUGCAGUUUUUUUAUAACCUCUCACAAUGACAGCAGCGGAGGGUUUGUAUUCAACGCUGGUCGCUAACUGCAUCUUUAACGUUUUCUUGCUUUACACCGCUAUUGCGUUAAACAUCAUAACAAUACAAGCGCUGAGGAAAACGUCGUCGUUGCCAAGGACUUUGAAAACAUUGCUCUUGAGUUUGGCUGUUUCUGAUCUUGGUGUUGGUUUACUUGUCCAACCUAUUUUUGUUGCACAUCUCAUUAUUCAAGUACUACAAAACACUAGCGAUAAUGCUUAUGAUUCAGUAUUUGUCAUUUUCUAUCAAACACUUGAAGCUGCACUUGCUUACGCAUCGUUUUUUAGUGUUGCCGCUAUAACUGUUGAUAGAUUCUUAGCCAUUCAUCUUCAUCUCAGAUACCAGGAACUUGUAACUCACAAGCGUGUUAUUGCUGUAGUGAUAUCUACUUGGGUUAUCAGCGCAUUUCUUUCCUUACUUUUACCUGCAGCUCGUUUGGACUGGAUUCCAAAAAAAGUUCCUUGGAUUAUGUUUGCAGCCAUCGAAGCUGUUUGUUUCAUAACUACAGGAUUUCUCCACUACAAGAUAUACGCAUCUGUACGACACCACACAGAUCAAAUCCAAGCUCUGCAAGUACAAGAAGAAGCACAGAAUAGAGAAAUGAAAAAUGCUGUGAGGCUGAGAAAAACCGCACUUGCUACAUUUUAUAUCUAUUUCCUCUUUUUGGCUUGUUAUGUGCCAAUGUUUUGUGUCAACCUUGCCGAACUGUUCUGUGAUGAAACUGCCUUGAUCCACCAUUUGUGGUAUUAUGUUUUGACGAUUAUGCUUUCUAAUUCAUCUCUCAAUCCUUUGAUCUACAGCUGGAAGAUG